UACUACGAGACUGUCCAAUGUGAUGCUCGGGGCUGCUUUUGUGUAGCUGCUAACAACGGCCUCGUAGCUUUCGAUACGCGCACAGCAAAUAACAUGACUUUGCCGAAAUGCUCAAAGUGCCACAACGCAUUGAGAGAUCUCUACAUGGUGGGGAUGUGCCUCCUGGAACUUCGUGCCAAAAUGCGAUGCGAUUACGAAGAAUUGCAAUGUGACGCGAGGCAGGAGUUCUGUUACUGUGUAGAUACCAAAACCGGUAAAGAAAUAGCGAAUACGCGCAAGAGAAAGGAAGGAAACAAAUACAUCACUUGCGGAAAAAACAACAUCUCGACAACCUUUUCGCAACUUCCCAUCACUGAGGGAUCGCCACUUUUCCAAGAGCGUUAUCCGGUUGCAAGAGAAACGUGCAAACUGGACAGAAGUAAAGGUUGGGCUUGUCAAGAUCAAAAGCCCUCAGUA